UAUCGUCCGGACUAUCAUAUUUGUUACGCCGAAGCCGAGUGACGCGUGAAUUGGCAAGGGCUGAGCACGCGCCAUGUAUUAAUUGUCCCGUCGUAUACAGCAGGCACGUAGGCUGUAUCAACAAACGCAAUGCCAUAAUUUACGUCGCGUAUUUCAACUGAAUAAUGAUGUCUGAAAAAACAGUUCUUAUUACUGGCUGUUCAGACAGCGCACUGGGCUCUGCCCAGGCUGUUGCAUUCCAUCAGUGCGGUUAUCGCGUGUUUCCGACUGCACGAAACCCUGCAAAAUUAUCCAAUGCUAAGGGCGCUGGGAUUGAGACACUAUCGUUGGAUGUUCUCUGCGAUACCUCGAUCAAGGAAUGCGUUGAACAAGUCCACAAGCUGACAGGAGGAAGCCCUCAUAUACUGGUCAACAAUGCCGGUGCGACCUACUUCUCUGCAUUAACAGAUGCAUCGAUCCCAGAUGCAAAGAAGCUAUUCGAUCUCAACGUCUGAGCCAAUAUUUCCAUGAUACAGGCAUUCCUGCCGCUACUGCUCAAGUCCACGCGUGGUAUCAUCGUCAAUCAUACCCCGAUUGCACCUGUCGUCGCUCCACCAUUUACAGGCCUCUAUGCAACAUCCAAAUCAUCUCUCACCAUAUUGACUGUCUCUCUCCAUGCUGAACUAUCGCCAUUUGGCCUCAAGAUCGUCGCUAUUAAAUCCGGAACCACACAAUCA